GCACGGGAUCUACCCGCGUGCAUGCUGGCCAGGUCACUCCUAGAUCCGAAUAUCCUGCCAGCCUUGGUUGUCGCAGGCUGUUUAAAUACUGUACUCACUCCGUCAGUCUACUCCGUUUCAACUUUCUAGUGCCCUCCACCUGCCGCCACCUGCUGCAGUGUACCCCGUUGAUGUUAGUCGGUAGCGCCGUGCCGGAAGCGCCCUUGAUUCCGAAGGCGGUACGCGGUAGCAUAACGUUAGUUACACCUGCUCAUCGACCGCACGACCCAACAACUGCCUGCACUCGCGCUUGGCUGUCCCACGGCACAUGUCGUGACGAAAACCUCAAGAAACUGAUCAGCAGCGCGUCACGCGCACCGUGCGACGUCCGACAUACCUAGCUGCACGGCGAUUCUUGAAUAGGCAUGGGAAAAAUUCUUCGAUUAGCGUUGGUUGUGUCACUUGUAGUGAUUUUCAUUGUGGUGGCUAUCGUCCUGGAUUCGGCGACGAUUGAUGAGCAAACGUCAGAACAUCGCCAGUGGCAGGUUGAUGCUCCAGUAAUACCGGCAGUCGAAGUAGACGGUGAUGGACGCGAGGGCGUCGAUAGUCCGCCUAACGAGAGCCCCGAUAGUCCGCCUAACGAGAAUCGGAAUGUGGGAUCAAGCCGGAGAGCCUCUAUGCUGAAAUCGGCCCCUGCGAACAACUCCCCUUAUGCAGAUAAGAGAAAAAGCAAGGAAUCCCACAAUAAACAUGCCAUCAUCAAGCGGAGCAACAAGGAUAGUCAGCAUGCAGCAGCAGGCGUGCAGAAUAGUUUUCCUGGCCUGCACAUGCGAGAUGCCGACAUGCAUGGCAUCAGCCUCUCCGGCUUGAAGAAACUGGUUCUGGAUUCGGUGCUGAAGCAGCUUCCCCUGAGCCCGGCCAUUGUCGACAAGGUGAAGAAGUUCGUUUUCUUCAUUGGCUAUCCGCGCAGCAGUCACACAUUGAUGGGGUCGCUACUGGAUGCUCACCCACACGUGCUGAUCUCGAACGAGUACAAUCUGCCAUGGAGAUAUGCGCGUGACAGGAGCAUGACGAAGCAGUCCAUAUUCGAACGCCUGUACACCAAGUCGCGCUAUGACUCUCUGCAAGGCUAUCGUCGGGAUCCAAAAGUUCCUAUCCCGACAAUCCCCGGUCUGCUAUAUAUGGGCAGUACGUACUCGUAUCAUGUACACGACCAGUGGCAAGGUCGAUUCAAUCAGACGAUAGCCGUCAUAGGAGAUAAGAAAGGUGGCGACACGACUCACUUUCUGGCCACAGCCGAGGGACGGGCUGUGUUCCAGGAGAUGAUGAAGAAGAUAGGCAUACCCUUGUACAUCAUUCACGUGGUGCGGAAUCCGUUCGACAACAUCGCUACAUUCGCCCUGCGCAGCCUGAACCUGCGCUUCACUACUACCAAGGACAAUCCUCUUGACAAUCCCAGGGAGCUGGAGGUGCAGACUGAGAAGUACUUUGCAUUGGUCAGGCUCAACGCCAAGCUCCACAACAACAGGGACAUGUUUCCGCACCUGGUGGAUAUACACUCACGACACGUGAAGCACCAGCCGAGGAAAGUGAUGCACAAGGUGUGUCAGUUCCUGGAACUGGAAUGCUCCACCAGCUACCUGGAUGCUUGUGAGAGAGCCGUUCAUGCCAGUAAAUCACGGACUAGAGACCUGAUUGUGUGGCCCAAGUCACUCAAGACUCACAUACAAGCCAACAUCGAUGCCGUCCCAUUUCUGAACGGCUAUACAUUUCAAUCUGACUAG